UUUGUUCUUUCGUUUAUCCCUUGGCUUCUGUCUAUAUCUUCCGCCCGCCUCCUACUUCACACCCACGGAACUCCCGCUACCCAGAUUCAACAAAAGCAAAUAAGCACAUCACCAAUAUGCCUCCUCCUCCUCAAACACAUGCCGGCGGAUCCACCUUCGAUAAAAUGAAGAUGGGUGCUGUCAUGGGAAGUUGCGUCGGCUUGACUAUCGGUUUCAUCUUUGGUUCCUUCGCCGUCAUGCGAGCUGGACCUGGACCUAGAGGUCUCGUAGCAACAUUGUCACAAUAUAUGCUCUCUUCAGCAGCCACUUUCGGUUUCUUCAUGUCUAUCGGUUCCGUCAUUCGAACAGAAUCCCAACACAACUACCUUCUCCCCCCUAUGGAGAACGCCACCAACUCGGCGACUGGCCAACAUUGGCGUAUGGCUUGGAGGCAGGCGGAGAGACGGCGAAUGGAGAAGAUGGAGUAGACGUGAGGAGUGGGCGGUUGGCGAGAGACGGUAGGGAGUUUGGAAGAGCCGGAGGCGGUCGUGAAUAUCUGAGGAGAACGGGGGGAGCAUACACAUUACUAGCGCUAUAGCGCUAUGCAUACCAUCACUACUG